AUGGGACGCGUUCGCACGAAGACUACGAAGAGGGCCUCCCGAGUGCUCAUUGAGAAGUACUACCCUCGUCUUACCCUCGACUUCCACACCAACAAGCGUCUCAUCGAUGAAGUCGCUGUUGUCCCCUCUAAGCGCCUGCGCAACAAGAUCGCGGGUUUCACGACUCACUUGAUGAAGCGUAUUCAGAAGGGUCCCGUUCGCGGCAUUUCCUUCAAGCUCCAGGAGGAGGAGCGUGAGCGCAAGGAUCAGUACGUGCCCGAGGUCUCAGCCCUCGACACAACUGUCUCCGGCUUGGAGGUCGACCCCGACACCAAGGCCCUCCUCACGUCGCUCAACUUUGACCACAUCCCGGUUAACGUUGUUGUUCCCGUCAUCACUGUCCCGGAGCGCUCUGGCCGUCCGCCGCGACGGAACGUCCCCGGCGCUGGCCGAUGA